GCUUGUGUCUAUUCUUGGUGCUGCUGCAAAUAAAUACAUCUCCUGGCUCAGGCUGGCCCACAAACGUCCAAACAGUGGGCGAGGGAGUGUACGAUUUUUGCGCGCAUUUUCCCUUUUCGCGCACAACAGAUAAAUAUUUUCUCUGCAAACACAGUCGGGAUCGGCUUGUGUGUGGUUCUGCUCUUUUACGAUAUUGCCUAUCGAUCGCUCUGGACUCUGGACUGGAUCAAUGGUGACCUGCAGCUCUGGAUCUGGUCUGGUCUCGGCGAAACCUUCGGGCCGUACGCUCUACGUCUCUACAUUCCGGUGUGGCCAAAAAGGAGCAAUCGAGCGCGGCCGUAUCAAAUCAAAUCGGAAAGAUAAAUAUGCAAACGCAUAUUGACAUCUAUGCGGUGGAAAUGAUGAAAGGUUGCCAGUGGUGCUGGACUGGCUAGCAGACGAUUGCUGCGGGCGAUUGUGCCGUAGUGUUUCUGGCUGACCGUUUCGGUACUUGUUGCUAUGGGAUACGCCGUGAGGUGUGCACUGCAGUGACAGGGGUUGUUUUGACACGGCCGCUCAUCACUAUUUGAUGCUUGCGGGAAAAUUGCACCACAAAUUGUGUGUUAAACGGUGUUAAAGCUAUUAAAAAAAUACAAAAAUCUAAAGUACAAUUGAAUAGGACGGCGUGAAAAAUACGUGAAGGUUCGUUCAAAAUUUGCUGAAUAGCUUGAUUCAUGCGCUGCUCCCCUACCAGUGACUGUACGUCCGUGUACGAUCGGUGUGUGCGUGCGUGUGUGAGUGUUUUUGUGCUGUGUGUUUCCAAAAGUAAAGAGUCAAGCAAAAACCCUGCGCCAACAGGGAUAAAGAAAAACAUCCUUUCUGGGCCUACGACCUACACCUGUGCCGGUUCUGGCUGAUCGAAGUACUGCUGAAGCGAAGGUCCCUCGUGACCGUAGCUUUGAGUGCCAUUCAGCGACGGAGAGUAGAGGUACCAUCUCGGAGCUGGUGGGGUGGUGAGGGUUGCAACAAUCUUCAAGCACCAGAAUACAACGCACCAGUGAACCGACCUCUUUGGACGAUCCUUCGUCAGCAUGACGUCUCCACUACCACUGCUGCGCUCGUUUUCGACCGAAAACCAGAACCGUGACUGGAGCAAGCGGUUUUCCUUGCGCAUCAAGCAGAAAAGCAGCAACGAUGGCAAACUGGACUUUGCCUCGUUGCGCAAGAAUAAGUUUGCACGCCGCUGUUCGUCCCUGCGCCAGCAGCCCACCGAGCAGACCACCUCGAGCGUCACGCUCGAGCUGGAGUCGGCCUCGCCGGCACAUUCCAUGACCAUUCACGAGAACAGCUCGCCGAAGAAGCCGAAGUGGGAGGUCAUCGAACACUUCAAAUCGAACGUCCGGGGACAGGAGUCGAUCAGCAGCAGUCUCAUAGCGGCCGGUGUGACAGCGUUCAACCUGGACGAUACCACCUCCAACUACUCUGGCACACCAUCGAUAAGGAAGAAAAGCUUCCAGAUCUACAGCGGUGCAGCAGCCCAGGAAGAGCUGGAACCGCUCAACAACCUGAACAUCAACAACGCGGCCGAGGGCGUGUUCGAUACAUCCCGCUGCUGGAACACGGUCAAAUGUUUGUUCAACGGUGUCAUCUGUUCGCACAAGUUUAAAAAUGUCCAGGUGGAAAUGCUGUACCAGCGGUAUUUUCUUCGCAUGAAUCAAAGCAAUGCGGUUCACAUCGUGUGGCUUCUGUUAGGAUUAAUAUUUAUCUUAGCGCUAAUACAUCUAGUGUUUACGUUCAUCCUGCAGCAGUCGCUGGAGAGCUGCUACGAGUCACCGCUGGAUGGUGUGCCCGGUGGUAUCGGUCAAGAUGCCCAGAUCAACGGUAGUACGCUGGCAGCGAUCGCAUUCGGCAAUGGUAGCAGCUACGAGGACCCGCUCGGGAGUAACCGUACGGAGGAGGUGGAACCACCGGAUCGGCCGGAUCAACAACCGAAGAGAGCCCAACUGGAAAGCCGCACCGAAGAGCAGGGAGCGACCGAAGCCCACCGGCAGAGCGGUUACCGGGGCAACGAAAAGGACGACCCGGGAGGUUUCAGCGACAGCCAAAAGGAGGGUGUACGUUUGCAAAGGACCAGAAGACGCUGGGACGCUGAAUCUGGUACCGUCGUCGUGCUACCUGUUGCUGACGAGCACGAGGAUGACGGGUUCGGUGGGCGUUCGGGGGAUGGCCGAGCAAAGCGAUGGACACGGGGACAUGCAAAUCAUAGAAACAACGUGGACGUUGCAGUAAGCGCCGCUGACAGCGUGCCGCCCAGCCAAGACAACGAGCUACAUCGACAGGACAAUGAUGAACGGAGGCGGAAGUACGGCACGGCAGCGGAAGCGGGCGAGCUGGACGCCGGAAGUGAAGCGUACGGGACGGCGACCAGCACCAGCACCAGCAGCAGCAGCAGCAUCAUCACCACCCCAACGGCCGUGCCUCAGCCGGCCAACGUCAGCAGCGAUUACUCGGAGGACGGUGACAUUCCGCUGUGCAAUCGCGACUACUUUACGCUGCUAAAGGACAACAUGACCCAGAUCAUCGUGCUGGGUGUGUGCGCAACCGUGUACGCGCUGCUGCUGAUGUGCCUGUACAAGCAGCGCAUCAACGAGAUCUACCUGUUCCAGGUGUCGUACGUCAUCAUGGUGACGCUGCUCGUGCUGGACGUCUGCUUCAGCUUUACCACCUCCGCCAAAAAGUUCACCUCUUCCGGCGGGUGCACGGUGAUUGCCAUCUACAUCAUCUACACGAUGCUACCGAUACGCCUGCGGGAAGCGGUCGUCGGUGGAAGUCUGCUGUCCAUCUCGCACAUCGUGCUCAUGUUCUACAUGAACGAGUCCGACGAUAUGGAUGUGCUGUACUGCGAUCUGAUCACGCUGGCCUGCACGAACGCGACCGGCAUACUGCUGCACUGGCCGAAGGAAAAGUCCCAGCGGAAAGCGUUCAUGGAGACGCGGCAGUGCGUCGAGGCGCGGCUCAAGAUACAGCGCGAAAACCAGAAGCAGGAGCAGCUGCUGCUGUCCGUGCUGCCGCGCCACGUCGCGAUGGAGAUGAAGAACGACAUUGCGGGGCAGCCGCGGGAAGCCCAGUUCCACAAGAUCUACAUCCAGCGGCACGAGAACGUGAGCAUACUGUUCGCGGACAUCUGCGGGUUCACCAGCCUGAGCGACCAGUGCACGGCGGAGGAGCUAGUGCGGCUGCUGAACGAGCUGUUCGCCCGGUUCGAUCGGCUCGCCCAGGAGCAUCACUGUUUGCGCAUCAAGCUGCUCGGCGACUGUUACUACUGCGUGUCGGGACUGCCCGAGGCGCGGCCCGACCAUGCCCUGUGUGCGGUCGAGAUGGGCCUGGACAUGAUCGAUGCGAUUGCGCUAGUGCGCGAGGUGAUGGCGGUAAAUGUGAACAUGCGCGUCGGCAUCCACACCGGCCGGGUGCACUGUGGCGUGCUCGGGCUGCGCAAGUGGCAGUUUGACGUGUGGUCGAACGAUGUGACGCUGGCCAACUACAUGGAGAGUGGCGGUGUGCCGGGCCGGGUACACAUUACCAAGGAGACGCUGCGCUGCCUGGGCGACCAUUACGAUGUGGAGGAGGGCCGUGGUGCCGAUCGGAACAGCUACCUGAAGGAUCAUCAGAUACAGACGUAUCUGAUCGUGCCGAAGGAUGCAUCCUACCGGCCGCACACAAUGUCGAAACAGUCCUCGUCGGUAAAUGGGAACAUCUCGAAGGAGCUGCGCAUGAUGGGCCACUGGUCGAAGAUGGGGUUCAAUGACAAAACCGAACCGAAAAGCACCGAGGAGGAGGUGAACGAGUAUCUGAUCAAGGCGAUCGAUGCCCGCAGCAUCGACCGGUUGCGGCUCGACCACUGCAAGCGCUUCCAUCUGACGUUCAUCAAGGACGAGAUCGAGCGCAAGUACUGUCUCGAGCCGGAUCCGAUGCUGAACGUGUACUUCUACUGCAGCAUCAUCAUCUUCCUGGGCAUCACGUCGAUACAGGUGCUGGUGUUUUCCAUGGAUCACUACAGCUACUGGGUGUACGGGAUCCUGUCACUGACACUGCUAGUGUCCUGCGUCCCCGUCUUUACCCGGGAAGAUAUGAAAGUUUCCACCUUCUUUCGUGCAUUGUCACAAAAAAUUCACGGCCACCGUGAGAUAGCUCAAGUGAUAUCGCUCUGCGUCGUCAUAACUGUGAUAUGUUUAUCUUACUACAAACUGACUUUAAUUUUCUAUCUUUCCCUUUACGACGAGUUCCCGCUCGUGCGGCCUAGUAAUUGUAAGGAGUCUAAAAUUAUUAACAUUCUGCUAUUGCUUACCCUGCUUGCCUUACUGACCUGUGCGGUGCAUCAGUUUAUUAAAAUUCUCUUCAAAAUCUUGCUGCUUAUCGUCAUACUCGUGCUGUAUAUUGCGUCCAUCAUCGUGCUGGCGCUGAUCUUCGAGCGGCACUGCGAACCAUGGUUUCUCACGACGGAACGGUUUCUGAUCGACGUCGCGUUUCUGGUCGUGUUCGUGAUCGGCCAAAUUAUGCACAGCCAGCAGACGGAGAUAACGCGCCGGCUCGACUUUAUCUGGAAGCUGCAGGCGACGGAAGAGAAGGAAGACAUGGAGCAUCUACAAGCGUACAACCGGAAGCUGCUGGCCAACAUUCUGCCCGUGCACGUGGCCGACCACUUUCUGAUGCGUGAGAAAAACAUCGAGGAAAUCUACCACGAACAGUGCGACACGGUGUGCGUAAUGUUCGCGUCGAUACCGAACUUUUCCGAGUUCUACAUCGAGCUGGAAGGGAACAACGAGGGGGUCGAGUGUUUGCGCCUGCUCAACGAAAUCAUCGUCGACUUUGACGAGCUGCUCGGGCUGGAGCGGUUCCGGUACGUGGAGAAAAUCAAAACGACCGGCUCCACGUACAUGGCCGCGUCCGGGCUGACCGCGAACAGCUGCGAUAAGAACGACUUCCAGCACGUGUUCGCGAUGAUGGACUACGCGCUCGAGCUGUUCCAGAAGAUCACGGACGUCAACGAGCAUUCCUUUAACAACUUCCGGAUGCGUAUCGGCAUCAACAUCGGCCCGGUAGUGGCCGGGGUGAUUGGCACCCGGAAACCACAGUACGACAUCUGGGGCAAUGCGGUCAACGUCGCGUCGCGGAUGGACUCGACUGGCCUGAUGGACCACAUCCAGGUGACGGAGGACGUGUACCAGAUAGUGAAGGACAAGGGCUACAACCUGACGUGCCGUGGGACGGUCAACGUGAAGGGCAAGGGUACGAUGAUCACCUACCUGAUGCCGGGACUGGCGAAGGAACCUAGCAACUAGGAGGGUUAAAAUGGGAGGGUUUUUGGUUGUUGUUGUUGUUGUUGCUGUAAGUUUCCCUAUUCUAUCCUCGAGCACACUGGGCACCGUGUUUCAAGUAUUUGAACAGUACAUAUCAACACAAAGCUCUGUUUGGAGAUAGAAAGAGAGCGAACCACAAAUUGUUCUCCUGUGUGUUUAGUAAAUGUUACUAUGUUACUUUGCAGAGCAUAGGUUGAUCCUGUUUUGCUGAGAUGCGAGUUGAGGGUAGUCGAAAUGAUAUGGAUCGUACAGUAUAGGGUUAGUGUAGCGAUUUCGAGCACCUUUACACCUCUCCGUAGAUCCGCAGGCCUUCGAACGUGACAUCGAACUUUGACCACCCAACCAAGAGAAGGGUUGCAUUGUGUGCGAAAUGGCAAUCUCAUCCCAAGUUUUUUUUCUCAAAAUCAUUUCGAUCUUAUUCUUUCCCAAUAGAUGCUGAAAGAAUCGGUCUUAUCGCUUCUUUGAUUCGGGACGCCAGAAAUGCCCCUCCU